AUGUGCGGUCUACAAUCAUGCCUCAUUAAGAAAGGUAAAAAUGUCACUGCAUGCUCAGUAGCAUAUGCCAAAUUUGAAUGGACGACAACAUGGGAUGUACCAUUAUGGUAUGAACGAAAUAGAACAACUGGUAGUUUUCGAGUUGUCGCACGUCGUGUUGCAGGUGAAAUAUUGUCCGAAUCAGAAGGGACAUUCCGCAAUUAUGAUAUUACUGGACCAUGGAUUGAGUCUGGUUGUUCAUGGCUGCAAAUACCAUGUAAAGGUGAUGGUCGUGGUAUUACAGAUGCUUUUAUAUGUGCUGGAUGCAUACCAACAACUGACAGAGAAAAAAAAAUCGUUCUCCUGCUCAUGUCCAGCCUAUGA